GCACAACUAUGUAAACUACUCUGACGUAGAAUACAUUAAAACAAUCAUGGUUAAUAGAAGGUCGGUAGGCCGAUAUAUGACUGCGUGUAGAUUCGCUGCCUCCUGAAGUUUACAGUUCCAAUGCAUCGGGUUAGACAGUGCACUUUAAUUUCCCCCACAGCUUUCCCUGACUGACACGGAAGGUGGAAUCCAGUUACAUGUUUUUUCCUUGAGUGGGAGGAUUUAGGAAUCUUGCCAAUAUGUGACUGAAGCAAUGGAACGCUGAGCAAGAAAAGUAACAAUUACUGAACGUCGCAGUGAGAAAACUUUACUUUGAAAAAGGACAGCGCAACACGAUCCAAAUGGCAGAACAGCACUCAGACCUGGAAAAUGCCAUCAACACUUUGGUCACAGAGUUCCAUGCCGCUGCGGCCAAUAAUGGUCCCACGCUCCAAGCCCAAGAGUUCAGAGGCCUCCUAUCCUCCCAGCUGCCCAACUUAGUUACGGCCAGGACCCAAACUGCGUUCCAUAGAAUUCUACUGUCUGAAAAGCUUGCCAGCUAUCCUGCUCAGAUGCCUAGACACUGCUCUGCAGGUGGAUGCAAAUCCCGUGACACCAGGGAAAAUCGUAAGGCUGGCAUUACCUUUCACAGGUUGCCAAAGCGUGGAACACCACGCCGGGACCUAUGGAUCAUCAACUCGCACCGCAAGGGCCCACAAGGCCAGGGGCCAUGGGACCCCCAGAGCAACUUCAUCUAUUUCUGCUCCAAGCACUUCACCCCAGAGAGUUUUGAACUCUCAGGUGUCAGUGGGUACCGAAGGCUCAAGGACGAUGCAUUGCCCACAGUCUUCGAAAUGGUCAUGCAGCCAGGAGGAAGGGGAGGGGGGGAAACUCCUAGAGGAAAGGGCAAACAGAAUGUCAUAAGCCUACAGACCAGGAGGUCCCACUCUCUGAAAGUAGAACAAAACAGCCAGAAUGGCGCACAACAAGAAAUUGAAGCGAAAAAUAUAGUUAGUGGAGAACAAGUUCAGGGCUCUGAGACACUCAAUGGGGAACCUAAUAACCGGAUAGAGCCCCUCCCUUCCCCCCUGGGAACGUCUGCGCUGACUGUUGAAACACCACAGGGUUCCCCUCAACAACCAUCAGGCUCUUCACCCGGAGACCCACCUGGCUCUCCAUGCUCUCCCCGUCCUCAUUCCCCAUCGCGAUACAUGCUGCGCCUACCCCCACCUCCUGGCUUCUACCUGCCCAAGGAACACAACUAUGCUCAGCAUUGCCCCCUGGUGUGGCGGAAGCGUUACGACAGGGCCAUCGACAGCCUGGAGAAGUCCCUGCGUCUGCUUAGUGCGGCCAGGCGGAGGGAGAACCGGCUGCGGCAUGCGCUCCUGCGCCUCAGAGAGAAUCGUCUGAAACACACCCUGCUUCGCUCCCGGGAUGGAGCUAAGGGCAGGGGAGGUCAAAUUCAGGGGUUGGAGAGGAGAGGACAUGGAGAUAAGGCAGGAGGUGCCAGCCUGGCAGAGCCAGAAGAGACUGAGAUGGAUGGAGUGCCAGAGGACAUGGGGCUAUUUGAAGACGGACCUGGGGAACCGAUUGACUGGGGUGGGCGGGUCCGUACUACAGAGACUAAAGCUGGGUUGGAAGAGGAGGGGGGUUACUGCUUCUACUGUGGUAGAGGGCGAGAGGAUGAUGGGGUUAAAGUGUCCAGGGGAAGCUCUCAGAUAAGGAAAGGUGGACAGGGAACUAUGGAUGAUGGCUCUUGGAGCUCUCAGGUUGAUGAGGGGGACAGAGAUUGUCGAAGAGGAAGACGAAUUCUAAAGAAGGCUCGAGUUCGAAAGGUUGGAGAGGCCACAACAUAUGCAGGAGCGCCACAGGAAAGCUAUGAAAGCUACUACUAUCACUGUGGCGCAUCUGAGAGUGGUGAAGAUGUACAGGUAGUCAUGGUGGAGCUGCCACCUGAGAAAGGGGUGAAAGCUGCCGUGGAACUUCACUGCAACCCUCAGCUGUCCAUCCCCCUGUUGCAAACACAAUCACCGGUGGGCCUUCAGCAGAUGCAGCACUCAGGCAGAGCAGCACUGCAGGAUACCCACAGCCGGGUUCAAUUCCUGCAGCCUUGCCCAGCCUCCCAGCAAGGGUUACUCGUCACAGACCUGAACUCAAUAGAAGCAGAGCCAGUGGACAGCCAGCAGCAGCUGGAGGAGCCGGUGUUCUGGAUGCAGGAGGGCCAACUGCUCUUAGUGCCUGUGCCCUCUGAAGACUGGCUGAAGGGCACAGUUGGGAUGGAGGGAGAGGCAGAAGAGGUGGGAGCACAAACCAUAUUAGUGUCAGAGUUGGGAUUUCCUAGAGACUUGGUGGAGGAGAAAAAGGGGCUGUGCUUGGAGGGUGGGGGUACAGGGCUGAGGGUUAUAUUGCCCACUGAUGGACAGGGAGGCCACCACUCAGACAUCAGGACUACUGUGGUGACCGGUGACGUGAGGGAACGGUUGAAAGAACACUUGGAGGGGUUUCAGCUCCAGCUUAGCAGUGAGUUUAUUGACUGAAGGCUGUGUCAUAUUUAAGGGCCAAAGCCUUCAUGUAGAGAGUGCAAAGGUGUCCGCACACUGUUGUUUUAUAUACAUCAGCGAAGAUGGUGGAAUGUUAACUUAUAACUUAAAUCAGGUUGGAAAGUCAAGAGAACCAUUUAGCAGGACAAAUCAGUCAGUCAUAUUCUUACCAGCUUGUUAUCCCAAAAUGCAGCCCAACAUGCUUCAUAAAAAUACAAAAACAUUCCAUUUACUCACUUCACGCAGGCUUGUGUAGUAGAGCAGUGGUUCCCAAACUGGGGGGUGCGCCGAGUGGUCUGAAGGUGCAAUUUCGAAAUUGGGUUGUGCAUCAUCAGUUCCUCUUGUCAUGUCAGUCAUUGCAUACCUUAGAGAGCUAUUUAUAACUUGUUAGAAAUCAACUCGCCCAUGUCAGCUAACUUUCUUUCUUUUUUUUUUAAGCUAGGUUUUUUUAGCCUAUAGAUUCUGUUGGAAUGUUUGAGUCACUCAAAUAUCACAUGAAUAAACAUUAGACAUGGCAAACUGUAGAAUUGCAAGAAAAUUUGCUUUAAACCUGCAAAAUGUUCUCUAAGCCAACAAGAGGGGUGUGAACAGUUUGCAUCAUGAACAGUGCUUGUGUCCAUAAAAAUAGACAUGGUGCACGCAUGCGCGGGGGUGCGCGUGAUGUUCCCCAAUGCAGGAAGGGGGGCCCCUUGUGAAAACGUUUGGGAACCCCUGUAGUAGAGCAUACAAAGUGUAAUUGAAAACAUUUCAAAGCAUACAUCACAUAAUUAACAAAAUGCAUUGUAAAUCACGCUGUUACACUUGUCAUUGCCUGUACAUACAAUUAUUACAGUAUUAAUAAAAUAACGUAUAAUAAUUUCA